AUGUUUGGCCCGUGGCUCGCCGUCUUCGGAUGGCUGAAGCAGCGCGUACCGAAGAAAUGGUCGGCUUUCAAGCCUCGCUUGAACUUUAUUACACUACACUAUACGUACAUUAUCCUUAUGGCGCUUAUCGGUUCGAUCAUCCUCUAUCCUGCCAAGAACCUGGCAUAUAUCGAUGCAUUAUUCUUCGCAAGCGGUGGAGCGACUCAGAGUGGGCUGAAUACACGGUUUCAGAAUGUCGUACUCGAGGCACGUAGUAUGCGGCGAUCACGGACCAGAUCCGUCACCAAAGGCAAACCCGAGCUUGAACGAGACGUUGGCAGGGAAGAGAAUGGGGUGGGUGAUCGGGAAAUCAGGGUAUUGAGGGCCGCCGAUGGACACGUUAAGGGCACGAGAAUUGAUGACGAGGAAGCGUUCCACGAAGGAGACAUCGCCAUCGAGGAUACGGACAGCGACAGCGGCAAUGCAUCCACUCCGAGGAAAGAGAAAGAACCUGCACCGGAAGACGUCUCACCCACGACCGCCCCUCCUGAGAUGCCCUUGCAUCGCAACAUCACCUUUGCUGACGAGGUCGCGUCUCCUGACGAUGCCGCGUCCCCUGACGAUGCCGCGUCUCCGGAUGAUCGAAUGCCUCAGAAGAACAAGGAGCAAAGUAUCGCCUUCGUCCAGAACCAGCGCAACCCGAAGGAUGCAGCUACCUUUCGCAUUCCGGGUCCUCGGGACUAUGAUCGUGGCUUUGUUCCGGAGCGGAUUGAAGAAGGUGCAGAGCUGGAGAGGCCGACGACGAACGCUUCGAAUGAUGGUGAUCGCUUGCAGGUCAAGCGCUCACGGUCGGCUUCUAGACCACAAGCACAAGAAAUGAACGGUGACGACCACCCGUUCAAGAAUCAUAUCACUAUCGACGUUCCAGAUAACGUGCGCCGCCGCCCCAAUGCUGGACCAUCGGCGUACCAUUUCAAUCGAACAAGGCGGCGAUCCGAUGUGUCGGAAAAUGAAGCGCCUACGACUGGCUUCCAUGCUCCAACUCGGUCAAGAUCAAGGACGUUUAGCAGUUUCCUCACCCGCGAUAGAGAGGAGGAGGAUCCCAUGCCAUAUCUGAGUUGGACUCCGACUGUAGGAAGGAACUCUGCCUUCGUGGACCUGACUGAGGAACAAAGAGAGGAGCUCGGAGGUAUCGAAUACCGUGCUCUCAAGCUGCUAGCUGUUGUUCUCGUAUGCUACUUCGUCGGUUUCCACCUGCUGGGCAUGAUUUGCCUGCUUCCGUGGAUCGUGAACGACGCAUAUUACUCCGGUAAACUCCGUGAAGUGGGUGUCAGUCCUGUGUGGUGGGGCUUCUUUACACCAGCUUCCAUGUUCAACGAUCUAGGUUUCACCCUCAAUCCUGACUCGAUGGUCCUCUUCCAACUUUGCGUCCUACCCUUGCUGCUGGGUACCUUUCUUAUCAUUAUUGGAAACACAGGUUUUCCUUGUAUGCUUCGCUUUGUCAUAUGGCUCUGUUCCAAAUGCGUGCCGUUUAGAAGCGGCAUUUGGGAGGAGUUCAAGUUCCUCCUGGACCAUCCGCGUCGCUGCUUCACACUUUUGUUCCCGAGCAGCGCUAACUGGUGGCUCUUCUGGGUCCUCAUACUACUAAACGGCAUCGACCUUAUCUUCUUCAUUAUUCUAGAUCUCAACGCUCCAGCUGUUGAAGGCUUACCUGGAGGUUUCCGGUUCCUGGACGGCAUCUUCCAAGCUGCCUCAACUCGCACUGCAGGCUUUGCGGUCGUCGGUCUUUCUGACCUUCACCCCGCCAUCCAAGUAUCGUACCUGAUCAUGAUGUAUAUUUCGGUUUUUCCGAUCGCCAUUUCCUUGCGUAAGACCAACGUCUACGAAGAAAAAUCACUGGGUAUCUACUCCCACGACGAGAACGAGGGUACCGAAAAUAGCUACUUCGGCACUCACGUGCGUCGCCAACUAUCCUUCGACUUGUGGUAUGUCUUCUUGGGCUUCUUCAUCAUCGCGAUCGUCGAAGGCUCUCGCUUGCAGAACACCAACGAAUACGCCUUCACACUCUUCUCCGUCCUCUUCGAAAUCGUCUCCGCGUACGGCACCGUCGGUCUCUCUCUUGGCUAUCCUAGCUCAAACACCUCCUUCUCCGGUCAAUUCAAGACCCUCUCGAAACUCAUUAUCAUCGCCAUGCAGAUCCGUGGGCGUCACCGCGGUCUUCCCUACGCACUCGAUCGUGCCAUCCUUCUCCCGAGUGAAUCGUUGCACAAGAAGGAGGACGAAGAUGCGACGAGGAGGGCGAGGAGGGGAAGUAACGUUAGUGAUCUGGGAGAGGGUGGACUGAUGAGGACGGGCACGGGAUUGAGCAGGAGGAGUACAGCGAGUGAAGCUCCAGGACCCGGGUUCAGAUCGAGGUUAAAGGCCGGGGAUGUGGGUAGAUUCUUCGCCGGGGCCUUGAAUGCGGGGCCUAGUAUCCCCCGGGAGAAGAGCCGAUGA